ACAUUACAGGGGGACGAUGAGACAACCAUAUAAAUACAAGAGCAUUCAUCCAAAAUUACAGAAAAUCUGCUACAGGAAUGAAGGCAAUGGAGCUCUUCGGACACUGUGCACUUCUAUUGUUGGUGUGUGGCUCUCUUUGGGGCCAGAAAUUAAAGAGACAGUCAGAAAUGGGAACAGGGCAGUUCCCUGCAGACUGUGAAGAUGUCUAUGCUCUGGGAUCAAAUGAAGAUGGGGUGUACAUUAUCUACCCUGCUGGAUCUUCAAGUGCUGUGCCCGUAUACUGUGACAUGACUACUGAUGGUGGAAAAUGGACGUUGAUCCAGAAAAGGUUCAAUGGUCUCCUAAGCUUCUCCCGUGGUUGGACCGACUAUAAGUUGGGGUUUGGCCGGGCAGAUGAAGAGUACUGGCUAGGGCUCCAUAAUAUUUACCAGCUAACACUGAGGAGGAAAUAUAUGCUGAGGGUCAACCUGGGAGACUUUGAGGACAACACAGUCCAUGCAGAAUACUCUGACUUCUCCCUCUCCCCCAAUGCUAUUAACCCAGAGGCCGAUGGCUACACUCUCUAUGUAGAUGGAUUCACUGAUGGAGGUGCAGGAGAUUCUCUGACUCAUCACAAGGGGAUGAAGUUCUCCACUAUUGACCAUGACCAGAACUCUUACCAGAACUGUCCAUCCCUCUAUUCCAGUGGCUUUUGGUUUAAGAGCUGUCACUUGGCCAACCUUAAUGGGCAAUACCUGCAGGGCACCUACACGUCCCCUGGCAAAGGCAUCAUUUGGUUUGGCUGGAAGGGUUUGAACUACUCCCUCAAAACGACUGAGAUGAAGAUACGAAGUCUGGAAUGACCUACAUGCCACUUCAGCUUUCAAUAAAUUGUGUUUCUUAUUCUGCAAUAAA